UUCGUCUCAAUUAUUUACAAAUCCCCGGAUAAUGCAAAUAAAAUUAUAAAGUUUUUUAGGAUGGCUAUACAUCAACAGGGUCAAAAAAUGGAUGACAUGACCAGGAUCCUUCCAUCCAAUUGUUCCAAAGUGUUCGUCCAGAGGGAUUUCUCUGAUGGUACUGCUGUCAAGUUUCAGACCAAAUUUCCCCCUGAACUGGAAGGAAAGGUUGAAAACGAACAUUUUGUACGGACCAUCAGCACAUUGAAUACCAUGUUUUCGGAGGCCGAGUCACUAACCAGUCGGAAUUAUUGUGAGAGCUGCUUUGCUUGCCUGACAGCAUACCUCAGUUACUUGUGCUUUGACACACAUUACGAAAAAGUAUUGAAGAAGGUUGGGAAGUACAUAGCAGAACAGAACCAGACAGUGUAUGUCCCGCGAGGUCUUAUGUUGGUGGAUCCAGUGGAGCGGGGGUUAAGAACGCUUGAAAUCUGCAUAUUAAAUGAAACAAAUGGAAGAUGAUGGCAAUGCAAUAUCAAGACAAAAGAGAAAAUAAAAGUGAAACAGUUGCUGUCUAAAUCCAUCAUACAUGUACCAUGGUUUUGUGCUCGAUGUUGUGAACAGCGCGCUGUAAAAUUACUUCCAAGAUUUCUCAAUAUCUAUACUUGGAUUCAUCAGAUUUCUACACAAUUAAUUUGUGCACCUUGUUCAAUAAACUUUAUAAUUUUGUGCUGUCCACCUUGAACAAUGACUUCUAAAGGAACAUUUUAGAGCUGUCUAUUGACCAUGAUAUCUGUGAUU